AUGGCGAAAAAAGAAGCCGACAUGGGCUCGGCGAAAGGCGAGUCCAUUGAUGAGUUGAUGAUGGUGAAUAUGAACACCAAUGCGACACCAACGCCCACAUACAAAGUCUACAAGAGACGCUUUUUUGGCCUCUUUCAGCUGGUCUUGAUGAAUAUCAUCAUUAGUUGGGAUCUUUCUGGAGGUCCCAGAACGGUGCUUAUGACCGGUUCAAUUCUGAUUCUAGUUGGUAACUGGAUUCGCUACGCCGGCACCAAAGCCAACAAUGGCAUCUUCGGCGUGGUUAUGUUCGGUCAGCUGCUGCUCGGUCUAUCCCAACCAUUUGCCUUGGCUGCACCAACAAGAUACAGUGACUUGUGGUUUACGGAGAAAGGCAGAACGAGUGCAACUGCUUUGGCAACUUUGGCGAAUCCCCUGGGAGCGGCCAUUGGCGAGCUCGUCGACUCUUUCUGGGCCGUGAGUCCUGACCAAAUACCAAACAUGGUGCUCUGGAUCUCGGUGAUAGCUACCAUUAUCUGUGUUCCGUCGUUUUUCGUCCCAGCCAGGCCUGCCAUACCACCUUGUGCGUCCGCCGAGAUAACCAAAACCCCCUUCAUGGAAUCUAUAAAGGGGAUUGUCCGUGUUCGAGAAUUCUGGCUCAUCUGCAUUCCAUUCUCCGUGUACGUGGGCUUCUUCAACAGCAUCUCUGCCCUCAUCAAUCAGAUCCUCCUCCCCUACGGUUUCUCUGAGACCGAUGCCGGUGUUGCCGGUGGCAUUCUCAUCAUUGCCGGUCUCGUUGCAUCAGCCAUCGUUUCUCCCAUCAAUGAUCGAUUCAAGCAAUACCUGUUAAUCAUCCGCAUCGCUGUCCCCAUCCACGCCAUCUGCUACAUCGCACUCUACUUUGCCCCCGCGAGCCCCUAUGGCAUCGCCCCAAGUAUUGUCGUAUUGGCGCUUUUCGGUGCAAGUGCAUUUUCUCUUCUCCCCGUGGUCCUCGAGUUCAUCGUUGAAAUCACACAUCCAUAUUCCCCUGAGAUCAGCAGCACCCUCUUAUGGACGGGCGGACAGUUGCUAGGCGGCAUAUUCACCGUCAUCCAAACCGCACUCAAAGCCGGGCCCAAUGGCCAUCCACCAGCUAACAUGAAAAGAUCACUUAUCUUCAGCGCUGUUGUGGCGUGCGUCAUUGCGAUCUUGCCAAUGACACUGAACGUGUUUGGACCUAAGAUUGUUAAUAGACGCCUGGAAGUAGAUCGUGGGCAUACGGCGGAGAUUGUUCAGUUGAGUAGUCGAAGUAAUGACAACACCACCGCUAUUGCCGACGACGAGCGAGAGUUAGAAGGUGUAUGA